AUGGGCGGAGGUAAUGGUGGCAAUGGAAUGGGUGGAAAUGGAAUGGGUGGUAGAGGUGACAAUGGGAUGGGUAUGGGCAGAAAUGGUAAUGGAAUGGGUGGUAAUGGAAUGGGUGGUAAUGGAAUGAGUGGUAGAGGUGGCAACGGAAAUGGUGGGAUGGGUCCUGGGGGAAUGGGUCCAGGUGGAAUGGGUCCUGGUGGAAUGGGUCCAAGGGGAAAUGGAAUGUGUGGAAACUUUAACGAGGGAACGGGAAUGAAUGGUAAUGGGUUAAAUAGAAAUGGAAUGAACGGCAAUGGCAGAAAUAGAAAUGGAAUGAAUGGAAAUGGAAUGAAUGGAAAUGGAAUGAAUGGAAACGGAAUGAAUUCAAAUGAUAUGAAUGGCAACUUGAACACGUCCAAUCGCAAGAAGCGAAGUGUGAAUGGAUUUGACAAACGUCGACAAGCUGGACAGCAAGGCAAUGGAAUGGGCGGCGGCAAUGGAAUGGGCGGCGGCAAUAGAAUGGGUGGCAAUGGAAUGGGCGGCAAUGGAAUGGGUGGCAAUGGAAUGGGUGGAAAUGGAAUGGGUGGCAAUGGAAUGCGUGGAAGAGGUGACAAUGGUGGGGUGGGAGGGAAUGGAAUCGGUUAUGCUGGAAUGUGUGGGAACGGAAUGGGCAUGGGAUAUCAACAAGGUGGUCAAGGUGGCUUGGGAAUGGGCCCUAACGGUCCGAAUGGGCCUAACGGGAACGGUGGUAUGGGAAUGGGUCGAAAUGGAAUGGGUGGCAAUGGAAUGGGUGGCAAUGGAAUGGGUAACAAUGGAAUGGGUAACAAUGGAAUGGGUGGCAAUGGAAUGGGUGGACGAGGAGGAAUGGGUGGCAACCCUGGACAAUGGAACAACAAUAACGCUGCCGGUCAAUAUUCCGCCCAGACUUCUGGAUUUGCAAAUGGUAGACAGUUAAUGCAAAAAUCUUCCUACUCUAUCAACGGUCGUCCCUACACUAUGCAAGCAGACUGGAAACAGGGGCAAGGACUUAACAUUUCGUCAGAUUACGGAUCCGCUGCCUACAUGACUCAGACGUCUCUUAACCAAGACUCAGAUGGUGCCUCUGUGGAUGCCAGUGUCACUGUUAGCAGUAUAAGCACUGCUAGCAGCUCGCGCAGACCAAGACAACGCAGCAACGAAACGGAAUCAGACAGUUUUUUCAAUUUUUAAGAUAAAUAUUAAGAAAUAUGUGUCUUGUUGUG